AUGGACGCCUUGGAGUCGUUGUUGGACGAGGUGGCCCUGGAGGGGCUCGAUGGCCUAUGUCUGCCCGCGCUGUGGAGCCGCCUGGAAACGCGCGUGCCGCCUUUCCCUUUGCCGUUGGAGCCCUACACGCAGGAGUUUCUGUGGCGGGCCCUUGCCACGCACCCAGGAAUCAGCUUCUAUGAGGAGCCUCGGGAGCGACCAGACCUCCAGCUCCAGGAUCGGCUGCUCGUAGGAGAUGUGGACGAUGAUCAUGGGAGAUCGGUGCAGAUCCGAACAGAAGCCGGCUCGAGGCUCCACAUCGAACCCCCCGUGGACUACUCGGAAGAUUUUGAGUCGACUGAGGAUGCCGAUGCCAAGACCAUGGAUGUUUCUGGGGAUCGUCCACAGGAUCUGGACAUCGGUGCCAAGGACGUGAGGCUUUAUGUCAACGAGAGCCUCAUCUUCGCCGGCGAAUUGGACAGAGGUUAUGGCGAGGCCCCGGCCGACCCUCGCAGCGUCCUGGUGGAGCUGAAGAGCGAGAGGGCAGAGGACACGGUGGCUCCCAGGGUGGCCGGCGCGGCAGGGGCCGGGGACCUCAGUGGCACCUGCUCACAGCCAGCCGAAGCAGCCAUGGUGGGCGCCACCGCCUCUUCACAGGGACAUUUAUUUAGCCAAAGGACAGAUUCUGCUGACGGCUGGAAAGACGUUUUGCCCACCACGGGGGAGGAUUCAGAGUCGUUGGCAGCCCCCGUGGGCACGAGCAACGCCCCCAGGGCCUCCUCACCCUCCCCGCUGGGGAAAUGCCCUCCCCUGGAUGCGGAGCCCUCGGGGAUCCAGCAACUGGAGAAUCUCACAGGCCGGAAGACACCUGUGCCGCCAGGGAAAACGCCGCCCUGGCUGCAGCCUUCUCCCAGCGGGCAGGGCAGGAGGCAGGGAGGCAGGAAGCCGAAACCCCCGUGGCUCAGCCCGGACAAGCCGCUCCCGGCACACAGCGAGGGCCCUGGAGAGACGGAGGCCGAGGAGAGAGGCCUCCAGCCGGAGCCAGGGCGGGUGACGAGCUGGAGCGUCCUCGCCGGGGAGAGGCCCCCGCGGGGGCCCCCCAAAGGCUGCGGGGAUGAUCUCGACAUCUUCGCCCAGCCCCCCAUCAGGGAGCGCCCUGCCAGUGGGAGGAGGAGCGCGAGGAAAGAGGCCCUGGGCAGUGGUCACGGGGACGAGCAGCCGGCCAGCAGAGGAGACACCUGGUCCACCAGGACCCCGCCGCGCUCCAGGUGGUGCAGUGAGCAGGAGCUCACGCUGCACGAGUCCUGGGACUCCCUGAGCGCCUUCGACCACUCCCACCGGGGCCGCAUCUCCCACCCGGAGUUCCAGGGCGACAUCCUGGAUGAGUUCCUGCAGCAGCAACAGAAAGGCAGCCGGCAGGGGCCGGGCCAGGCCGGAGUGUCGCCAGGGCCGGACACACGGGGCACAGGGAGCGACGCCCGCGCCGACGACAGCGACGGCGACUUCCAGAUCCCUGUCCUGCCUUACGGGCAGCACCUGGUCAUCAACAUCCAGUCCACCUGGGGGGACAGACACUACGUGGGCCUGAACGGGAUAGAGAUCUUCAGCGCCCAGGGGCAGCCCGUGCAGAUCGCGAGCAUCAGGGCAGACCCGCCCGACAUCAACGUGUUGCCAGCCUACGGAAAAGACCCCCGCGUGGUGGGCAACCUCAUCGACGGGGUAAACAGGACCCAGGACGACAUGCACGUCUGGCUGGCCCCGUUCACACCAGGCAAACCCCACUACAUCUGCAUCGACUUCACGCACCCCUGCCAGGUCGCCCUCAUCAGGAUCUGGAACUACAACAAGUCCCGGAUCCACUCAUUCCGCGGCGUGAAGGACGUCACCAUGCUGCUGGACGCACAGUGCGUCUUCCAAGGCGAGAUUGCCAAGGCCUCGGGAACCCUCAUGGGAGCCCCGGAGCACUUUGGAGACACGAUCUUAUUCACCACCGACGACGACAUCCUCGAGGCCAUAUUCUGCUCGGAUGCGACAUUCGACCUGGACGUGGAGAGCCUGUGCCCCCUGCAGCCGGACGAGGCCCUGCAGAGGCCCAGCACGGCCGACGGCGAGGGGGACGAGCGGCCCUUCACCCAGGCUGGCUUGUGGGCGGAUGGCUGGGGCCCAGGACCAGAGCUGCCCCCCAGCCCCCCUGUCCCUGAAGUCACCACGCCAGAGCCGGGCAUCUACCACGGGACCUGCCUGCUGCUGAACUUUACGGCCUCGUGGGGGGACCUGCACUACCUGGGCCUCACCGGCCUGGAAGUGGUGAGCCGGGACGGCCAGGCCCUGCCCAUCAGCCUGUCCCAGAUCUCCGCCUCCCCCAGAGACUUGAACGACCUCCCCGAGUACACGGACGACUCCCGCACCCUGGACAAAUUGAUCGACGGCACCAACAUCACCACAGAGGAUGAGCACAUGUGGCUGACCCCCUUCUCACCAGGGCGGGACCACCUGGUCACAAUCCGCUUCGACAGAGCCCAAAGCAUCGCCGGCCUGCGCUUCUGGAACUACAAUAAAUCUCCAGAGGACACGUACCGUGGGGCCAAGGUCGUCCACGUGUCCUUGGAUGGCUCGCGCAUCUCCCCUCCGGACGGCUUCCUCAUCCGCAAGGGCCCAGGCCACUGCCACUUCGACUUUGCCCAGGAAGUGCUGUUUGUGGACUACCUGCAGGCCGGGCCACGGCUGCCCCAGCCCGCUAGGAGGCCCGACACGCAGAGCCUGGAGCGGCCGAGCAUGGACUACGAGGCCCCGCUGAUGCCGUGCGGCUUCAUUUUCCAGUUCCAGCUGCUCACCAGCUGGGGCGACCCCUAUUACAUCGGCCUCACCGGCCUGGAGCUGUACGACGAGCGGGGAGAGAAAAUCCCCCUGUCCGAGAACAACAUCGCCGCCUUCCCGGACAGUGUGAACUCGCUGGAGGGCGUGUGUGGGGACGCCCGCACCCCCGACAAGCUCAUCGACCAAGUCAACGACACCAGCGACGGCAGGCACAUGUGGCUGGCUCCCAUCCUGCCCGGCCUGGUGAAUCGGGUGUACGUGAUUUUCGAUCUGCCUACCACCGUGUCCAUGAUCAAGCUGUGGAAUUACGCGAAAACGCCGCAUCGCGGGGUGAGGGAGUUUGGUCUCCUGGUCGACGACCUGCUCGUGUACAAUGGGAUCCUGGCCAUGGUGAGCCACCUGGUGGGCGGCAUCCUGCCCACGUGUGAGCCCACGAUGCCCUACCACACCAUCCUCUUCACGGACGACGCCGGCACCUGGCACCAGGAGAGACGCACCAGCGUCAGCACCCAGGUAGAGGACCAGGACGUGCAGCUGACAAACGAGAACCAAAUCGUGACGAACGCCAAGAGGAAGCCGGGCGCCGUCGACCCAGCCUUACGCCCCAAAACCUGCCUCAGCACGAAGGAGCCGGCGAGACGGUGGCGGUGCUGACCCACGGUGCCAGAGGGAGAGCCGGCUGCCAGCUCGCGGGCGCUGCGGCCGGGACACGGGGGCCUGCCGUUCCGGGCUGCACAGGGCGAUCCCUGCCCGCCUCCCCUGUCUGAUCCCGCUCAGCCACACUGGGCUGACAGGUGGGGGCAUGGUGGGCAGACCAGGGACACUGUGUCUUUCCUAGGGUAGCCAGUGCCCAGUCCUGCCUCCUCUGGGGGCUCAGGGACCAGUGUCUCUCCUGGGUGUUCAGUGUCGGUCGCGGUGGCCACGGCCCACUCUCUAGGGGAGCUCCUGCUGUGUGAGCCUCUUAGGGUGGGUGUCCUGCUGAGGUCCCCACUGUGCUGUAGCCAGGCCCAGAAGGGAGGAGCUGGCCGCCAGGGGGCCGGCAGAGCCCACCCAGACGCUGUGUGGACGCAGAGGCGGGGAGCGCACCCCACCUGGGGCCCGCACACCACAGCCCACCUUGUACUUGAACUCAGCCUGGAGAAGCUGGCCCCUAUUGCACUCCCCGGCUGCCCCUUCCGGAUCUGUUCUACGGCUCUCCCUGGUCGCUCCUCCCUGCCUGUCGGUGCCCUGCGCCCCUGAGGCCCUACUGUGGGGUCCCCGGCUCUCCGGGCCCUCCCCGCCCCUCGCCCGCCGGGCCAGCAAAUCCCAGCGCCCUGGAAGCGAGCCCGGUGCCGCCGCUGAGCGACGCCCCGCGCGCAUCUGUUUCCAUCUCUGUAACAAGCUCGGAUCAGGGGCCUAAUUGGUUUCCCAGGGGUGGGUAAUUUCUCGUUCCAAAUAUUAAUCCGUUGUUCGGCUGGCAGGCAGCCCGGCCCGGGUGCCAGUGCGAUCCUAUGCGGCCGAGCGCCCCGCAGAUACGGGCGCGGGUGUGGCUAUGAGGAUGGGCUGCUGUGCGGGUGCGAUCCAUCACUCCUCGGGCUUACGUGGCUCCCAGGAGAGACCCAACCAGCUCCCAGGCCCCCCCCAGUCGGGGCCGUGGCUCUUAGAGGGGGCCUCAGGCGUGGGGACGCGGGGGGGGACCCUGGACCGGCUGCACAUGGUGGGGAGACAGCCGGGGCGCCGCGCGCGGCCGUUGGCUCCCACACUCCCAACGAUGUUGCUAAUGACUGAUGGAUGUGCAGCUUUAGGAAGCAGGGAAGAGAAGCUAUACAGGCGUUAACGCUAACAUAAAUUUCUAUUUUUUUUUUCUUCUUGCAAAAUCAAUAAAAGAUGUUAUUAAGGCUGCAGCCUGGCACGCUGGAAUGGGGUCAGAUGGCGGG